AUGAGUACAUUCAUUUGUAAAAAAAGGAAUAUACAACAGGAUAGACAGGAAGUCCAAAAAGGAAUAUACAACAGGAUACACAGGAAGUCCAAUGUGUUGGUACGUAUAUGAUUUGGGGGGGGGGAAUUGUCUUUGUUUUUUCUCUUUGUUUUUCUUUUCUUUUUUUCCAGGUAUAUAAAGUUUGUAUAUAAUCUCGGUAUACAUGUUGGAAAAUAUAUUAUAAUAAGCUCUGUAAUGUAAUAUGACAAUGUUUACCAAUGUAAUAUAAGAAUGUUAAUAAAUAAAUAAAACUGGGGGGGAGGAGGGAUGGAGCUAGGCGAGGAGGUUGCAGCAUAGCUGUCAACUUUUCCCUUUUCGUGCAAGGAAUCCUAUUCGGAAUAAGGGAAUUUCCCUUUAAAAAAGGGAAAAGUUGACAGCUAUGGGUCGCAGCUUGGCUCCUUCACCCCUUUCCUUUCCCCUUCUCCCGCUAGUUGGUGCAGCUGAUCCGAGCGGUGGAUCGAGACGAGGACGGGAACGUGAGCCGCAUCAUAAUCCGCUCCCCGCUUGGGGCCAGGGACCCGAACGUCACUGUGCGAGACAACAAGGGUGAGGGAUUGCUCUCAGGUGUGGCUUUCUCAAACAUCCCAGGUGCUUGGCCGGCAAUCUCAGAUAAAGCUGGUCAUCUAGUCCAGUGGCCUGGGAGGUAGUGGGAUAACCUGGGGGGGGGGGCGCUAAGAGGCAAGGGCUGGGGGGCUGGUUGGUGGUGGCGGCGGCUGGAGGUGUAAAUGACAAUCAGACCUUGAAACGCUGGUAUCCCUGGAUCUAGUUCAUCAACUUUGCUGAAUUAAUUAAACUAAAUAGUUUUAAUUGGAUUUUGAAUACAUGUGCAAUGAAUCGUUACUGUUUAAUUUUAUUGUGUUAUUAUCUUCCUUAGUGGGUCGUGCCGACUGCUAUUCUGAAUGGUGCUUUUUGUAGGGCAGGGGACAUUGGGCAUGAGUUUGUGGAACCAAGGAGCGGGGUGGUGGUUUGGGAACCACGGAUCUCGACUCAUUUCAGAAUGGUGUCAGGUCUGAAUUGGCCUUGAGCUCUUCCAGGAGAGGGAAAAGAGGACUCCACAACUGCAACCUUGCUUCUUUUGCUUGAUCUCUCUGUGGCUUUUGACACACCGUCCUCUCUGUGGGAUGGGUGUUGGGGGCACUGCUUUACAGCGGUUCCAGUCCCCCCCUGCAGGAUCAUCUCCGAAGAGUGGCAUUGGAGAAAAUGCUCCUCAGCCUAGGCAUCCAUGUUUUGGGGUUCUGCGGGGCAUGCUCCCCCCCCAUGCUACUUAGCAUAUGAAACCCUUAGGAAUGCUCAUCAGGCGAUUGGUACCUACAGUAUGUAGCCUCUGAAUUGAGAAUGGCCAGGCAGGCUCUGAACCACCAUCUGGCCACAGUGGAGGGCUGGAUGAGUGCCAGCAAACGGAGCUUACACCCUGGAAAGACAGAGGCCCUGUGUGCGAGUGCUGCCCACGUCCAGGGCGUAGUUCAGUUACCUGUUGCGGACAGUAAAGGAAGGAACAGGUACGUAGCCUGGGGCUGCGGCUUGAUCCAUCUUUUGUCACUCAAGGCACAGAUGGCACCAGUGGCAGUUACGGCUGUUGUUUGUUGCUAAUUAAAUUUCUGUACCACCUUUCGUCCGAGGACCACAGGGCAGUCUGCAAUAUGAAAACACACAGAAAACAUACCAUAACAACAAAGGGAAGUGAUAACCUUGACACACAGCUUCAAAGACCAUAGAUUGUUUCAUUAGCCAAAGUCUAGGACCACAUUUGGUUGCAGCUGCUCCUCGACUGACAUAGAUUGGCUGCUGUGACCAGCCGCUGAGAACCUCAAGGCUGGAUUUCCACAACGUGGUCUCUAUGUGGGGCUUCCCCUGGAAGGGGCAGCCGGCACAGGAUACAGCAGCUAGGCUGACCCAGGGCAUCCCAUCGACACCUCUGCCGCACAGGCUGCCAACACGGGCGCAGUUCAAGGUUUGCCUUUUGGCAUUUAAAGCCCUGAGCAACUUGACUGCGGUUCCUGCAUUGCAGGGGGUUGGACUAGAUGACCCUUGGGGUCCCCUCGAACUCUACAAUUCUGUGGUUCUAACUCGAGACCAAUAUAUCCGAGGGACCCCACUGCCUAGCAACUGUGCUUCUCAGAUGGGGAGUUGCAGAGAGUUGUGUGUUUGCCUGUAGUACAAACUAGGCUUUUAGUGUUGCAGCUCCAGCUCUCUGGGAUCAAUUACCAGCUGAAAUAAGACCACCACCUAAUGCCAGGAUGCUUUGGUGCCUACUGAAUCCAUUUUUGUUUAGGAGCGAUUUCCCCAAGGGGUACCCCAAUCAUUUAUGGAAUAUCAAUUUUAUAGCUGAGAAAAUUGCUUUGUUUCUGAUGUUUGUAGGCUGGCCUUACUGUUUUGAAGGGUUUGUUGAUACAGUGGUACUUCGGGUUAAGUACUUCGUUCCGGAGGUCCGUUCUUAACCUGAAACUGUUCUUAACCUGAAGCACCACUUUAGCUAAUGGGGCCUCCCGCUGCUGCCGCGCCGCCGGAGCACGAUUUCUGUUCUCAUCCUGAAGCAAAGUUCUUAACCUGAAGCACUAUUUCUGGGUUAGCAGAGUCUGUAACCUGAAGUGUAUGUAACCUGAAGCAUAUCUCGGGUUACAUACACUUCAGGUUACAGACUCCGCUAACCCGGAAAUAUUACCUCAGGUUAAGAACUUUACUUCAGGAUGAGAACAGAAAUCACACGACGGCAGCGGGAGGCCCCAUUAGCUAAAGUGGUGCUUCAGGUUAAGAACAGUUUCAGGUUAAGAACGGACCUCCGGAACGAAUUAAGUACUUAACCCAAGGUACCACUGUAUUAUGAUUUUCAGAGCUUGCUUUCUCUCUCUCUCUCUCUCUCUCUGUCUCUGUGUGCGCACGCGCGCCUUACACCGCUUUAUGCUGCGGUCUAUAAGUUUGUUCCCCUAACCGCUUUUCAUCUUUUCCCUCCCCAGACAACUCUGCCUCCUUGCUACUUCGUGCCGCCCGCCUGCCCACACAAGGCGGGUCCCUGCUGGUGCCGCUGGAACUGGUGGACGGGGGCUCCCCCACCCGCACAGGCUCCCCCACCCUGACCGUCAGCAUCUGCCGGUGUCGGCGCGAUGGGGCCAUGCACUCCUGCGGGGCCGAGGCCCUGGGCUCCCCGGCAGGCCUCAGCACGGGUGCCCUUCUUGCCAUCCUGGCCUGUGUGGGCACUCUGCUUGGUGAGAAAGAACAGGGGCUGCACUCAGGCGGCAGAAAUGGGGGCUGCGAACUGGGGAGGGGGGAGGAAUUUGGUUCCUUCCGCACUCCAGUGAGAAGAUCGGCAAUUCACACUUCUGCACCAAUACGCAAACUGAAACAUAGCUAAACUUCAGAGUUCACGCUUUUCAGAAUUUUGUGAGGCAGUUCGACGAACAAACAACUGGUGCAAACAUGUUUAUGUCAGGGGGAAGUGUGCGUAAAAAAACGUUACUGCAAAUUACAUACAGAAGUGCAUUGCGUUGGAGGGAAAUUGCUUGCGAAAUUUUGCAUUUUAGCUAACACUGCGUGCAAGAACAUAAUUAUGGGAAAUCUGCGCUAGAACAAAUUUUCGCAAGGAUUUUUAAAAAUUGCAAUUUACUGCAGAAAUGUCGAGAAGUGAAUUUAAGAGCGUUUUUAAAAAAAUUAGUAACUGCAAUUGAACGAUUUGCCCAUCCCCACCGAAAACCCAGACAGGGCAGGGGCAGAUUUUCAGAAGGAGUGGAAUCAAUGAUUCCUGGAGAUGGAGUUUCAAAACUAGGAAGAGGCUGUUUAUCUAAAUCUCUAAUGUUUAUCUAAGGAUGGAUCUCGGACAACAACAACAACAAAAAACAGCUUGAAAUGUGAACGUGGGCUUCUGUUAACAGUGCCAGGGGUUGAGACAGAGUCCUGGGGUCAAGAGCAAAGCAGUAGAGUGAGCCACUGUUAUGGUAUCCCAAGAAUGUGGGCCUUGCAGAUCCAAAAAGAUCUGAGAGCAGAGGUUGGGCGCCAAGGAUGGGUGCCAAACUGAGCAGAGGACCUCUAGAAACAUGGAGGGUGGACUUCUUCUUUUUUAAAACUUUAUUCCAAAACCUAAAAAGAAUUACAAACAUCAAAUUCAAAAUCCAUAUUCGUUUUGUAACAUAAGCCUAUUACAUAAUUGACUAAAUUAAAAUAUACCUAAUUGCUAUAGACUUCCCUUUGCAGCGCAAUUAGAAAUAUUGUAUUAGAAAUUUUUAUGUUCCCCUAUACCCCCCACUCGCCUUCACCCAUGUGUGAUCUCAAAAUUUUUUUACUUCUUCCAUCUUGUUGUGUUGUUUUAAUUAUGGAGGGUGGACUUUUGAGAAUGAGUCUUUUCCACCUCCACUGAAGAUGGAGUGGAGAACAGCUCUGUUGCACUCAGGUCCUGCUUGUGGGUUUCCGGCCACUGUAAGAACAAAGAUGUUGGACUCAAUGGGCCAUUGGCCUGGCCUGGGAAGGCUCUUAUUGUAUUAUGUCCUUCUGAUUCCACAAGAAGCGUCCAACAAGGUGUAUGGGUGUGUGUGGUGGUGAAAGCCCUGCUGUUUGUUGUGCCUUGCUAACGCCUGUCCUUCUCCCCAGAGAGCCAGUGUGAUGUAGUAGUUAUGAGCGAUAGACUUGUAAUCUGGGGAACCGGGUUCGCGUCUCCGCUCCCCCACAUGCAGCUGCUGGGUGACCUUGGGCUAGUCACACUUCUUUGAAGUCUCUCAGCCCCACUCACCUCACAGAGCGUUUGUUGUGGGGGAGGAAGGGAAAGGAGAAUAUUAGCUGCUUUGAGACUCCUUUGGGUAGUGAUAAAGCGGGAUAUCAAAUCCAAACUCUUCUUCUUCUUCCCCUGCUUCUUUCUGCCUGCACCUGCCACCCGCCUCCCUGCGUCCAGCCCUGGUGCUGCUGUUUGUCGCCCUCCGGAGGCAGAAGCAGGCGGCGCUGCUGCCUUUCGAAGAAGAGGACGUCCGCGAGAACAUCAUCACCUACGACGACGAGGGCGGGGGCGAAGAGGACACGGAGGCCUUCGACAUGGCCGCCCUGCAGAACCCCGACGCUGCCCCUCCACCGCCUCAGCAGCGCCGCCUCUUCCGGCGGGAUGUGCUCCCCCGCCUGCACUUCCCGCCCUCCUUGCCGGCCCGCCGGCCCCCGCAGCCCCACGACGUGGCCAGCUUCCUGGCGGCCCGCCUGAGCGAAGUGGAUGCCGACCCCUCCGUCCCCCCCUACGACUCCAUCCAGGUGUACGGCUAUGAGGGACAGGGCUCCUCGGCCGGCUCCCUCAGCUCCCCGGGGUCCUCAUGCGCGGGCGACAGCGACGCCGGAGGGUACGAGUACCUGGAAGAAUGGGGGCCACUCUUCCGAACGCUGGCUGAGCUCUACGGCACCCCAGAAGGGCCACCUCCAACCUGA